AUGCCCGACAAAACCAUCCUCAUCACAGGCUGUUCAAAAGGUGGCCUCGGCCACGCCCUAGCGGUGGAAUGUCAACGUCGUGGGAUGACCGUCUUCGCCACGGCACGCACCCUUUCCAAAAUGUCCGACCUCAAGAACCUCCCCAACACGACCCUAUUGUCUCUGGACGUCACAUCGCCGACUUCAGUCGCCGACGCGGUGGAUAAAAUCACCACCGCAACUGGCGGCAAACUCGACUACCUCCUCAACAACUCUGGUCAAAACAUCAUCCUUCCAGCGUUGGACCUGGACAUUGACGAAGGAAAGAAGAUGUUCGACGUGAACUUCUGGGGGGUGCUGCGUAUGAUCCAAGCAUUCGCGCCGUUGUUGAUUGAAGCCAAGGGCACAGUUGUGAAUAUAGGGAGUAUCGUUGCUUAUUUACAUACUCCAUACACUGCUGUCUACAACGCGUCCAAAGCAGCAGUACACAUGCUCUCCGACACGCUCCGUCUCGAACUGGCCCCGCUGAACGUCAAAAUCCUCACUGUCGUAACUGGAUCCGUCAAGACGCAAAUCCACCAAAACUCGCCUAGACUCUCCUUGCCCCAAACGUCGCGAUACCUCGCUGUAUCCUCGCACCUGGAGAAACGGUGGAACGACGAGAUCGACUACGAUCCCAGUUCACCCGAGGACUUGGCGAGGAAAGUCGUGGGUGACGUCCUUGGUGGUUCGACGGGGAAGAUUUGGAGAGGAAGACACGCGAGUGAAACGAGAUGGGUGAGAUUUUUUAUGCCGUUGCCGCUUCAGGACAUGAUCUUGACCAACGGAACCGAUCUGGAUAAAGUCGGAAAAAUGUGA